AUGCCGAUCCAGGGAGUGAAGGCGAUAGCUUCCGGCCGGAACGGUGUAAGCGCAUUCAUCCUACAAUGCAAGCGUCUUGAUUUUCACUACUGCGACUGGGCCGGGAGCUCAAAAGGCAUGAAUGCCUUCCUCCGCCAUACCCUCCCCAAAUUCGCGGCAGAAAACCCCCAGAUUGAAAUCCGGAUAUCACCGCGCCCGAGCAAGCACCCUCUCAUCAAGGGCCACUAUAUCAAUGGCCGCGAAAAGGCCGUCUGCGUCCGAAACCUCGAGAAAGAGCAGAUCCUCCAGAAGGCGACUCUUCUGAAAGAAGCAAGCGGGGAGAAGCUGAGAAAAGUACGAAAUCCUGUGGCUAGCACAAACGAGAGUGUUAGAGGUAUCUGGGGAUCCUUAUCAUGGGGAUAUCAAGAAAAUAUGACGAGUGUGACUGUUCAAUAUCCGGAAUAUAUAUUAGGCGCAGGAGUUUAG